AUGAAUACAGACGAAAUUUUUAAUGCAAUUAUUGAAUCUACUAAGGGUGAUCAAGCCGCAUUAGACUUCCUUAAUGGCAUACUUAUGGAUCCAACAAGCAAAAUACAGCUUUAUAAUGUUGGUUUUCAAAUUAUUUCUCAAACCGAAGAUUUUUCAAUAAUCAACAACGUCUUAACAUAUACAGCUCACAUUAUUACACCAAAUAUAUCUAAUCCACUUGAAUAUCUGAGCGAAAUCUUUAAUUCCAUGGAUGAUAAAUUUCAAAAGAUAGAUUUAUUAAUAAGUUGUUUCAAUUUCAAGAACACAGAGCUCAGCAAUAUCGUAUCUAAGCACCUUUUGAACAUUUUCUAUUUAUUAAAUCAAAAUGAUCGAAAUGACCUUUACGAAAAGCUACAAACAGUCUUCAGAUCCACCCAAGAAUACGAGAUAAAAUCGUCAAUUCUAAAAGUAUUUUUGGAAAUUUUUUCAAUUAAAAAUACAAAAAUUCUUGAAUCAUUCAUUAUUAGAAUGAGAGAAGUAGCAUCAGAAGCAAAAGAGUUUAUAUCCGGUGAUUUUCCAGAAGAAUUCAAAAUAUCUGGCUUAGAAUUCCUUACAAUAGCAUCUAAAAAUCAAAGGAGAAGUGAUAGUGAUAAGAUACUUGAAAUUAUGCUCCAAUUGUUCUCAAAUUGCAAUAAUCCUGCUGUUUAUUCUGCUUUGGUGAAGUUGCUCAUUCAAUUUUGUAAAAAUAGCAAAAAUAGCUUGUCUAGUGACUACACGUACUUAAUAAAAAUGUACGAAGUAAUGAAAGACAAGUUUGAGAUAGAAGAAUACCAAAAACCUUUUCUUCACGCAUGGAAAAAAAUUUUCGAAAUUUUUAUUAAUGUAAAUACAGUAAUUGAGAAUGAAUUUACACGUAUUGCAGAACUAGUAUAUCCAACAAUGUUCAAUGUCAUGGAUAUGGCCAGCGAAAUUGAUCUCGAAGACGAAAAAAAUUCAUUACAAUUUUAUUGUCAAUCUUUUUUGAUUAUUUUGGCAGAAAUGAUACAAGAACCAUUCUUUGAGAAGCUUGAUGAGUAUAUUUCCAGCAAAUUUGCUGCUAUUUCCGAUGAAGAUGCAGCAGAAAAAAUUAUUUCAGGACUUUACACUUUUCCAGCAAUGGCCGCUGUUAAUAUUGAUGAAUCUAGGGAAUACAUUAAUAAUUACCUCGAAACCAUUCUUCAAUUGACAGUUCAAGAAAAUGACUUAGUUCGAGUACUUGCGGUCAAAAAUAUAAAGAAAUUCAUUAAGAGAAAUGUUAUUUUAGAAGAAAAUAUUACAGAUGUCCUUGCAUUUUCUUUAGAACAACUUUCUACUUCAAAUCCUGAAAUAUUGAAAGGCCAAUUAGCAAUUUGCCGAUCAAUAUUCAAACAAUGCACUGAGUUCCAGACAGAAAAUCUGGUUGGAAACAAUAUUGAAGCCAUUUUUGGAGCUUUGGUCGGAACAAUUAAGAAUCCUGCUUUUACAAAUGAAUUAAUGCUUACGGAGAUAUUCGGUACCCUUGCAUUAGUGAUUAAAUCCCUUCCAAUCACCAUUACACCGGACUCUCUCUCUCAAUUAUUUAAUGAAAUCGUAGAUUCAUUUAAUAAUGGAGAUUCUGCGGCUAAAAACAUUAUUGUAAUGGUCAUAAAAGAGUUUAUUCCAAAGAGUUUCAUGAUAAAUGGCUUUGGAGAUGCUCUUGCCCAAUUAUUACUUCAAAACAUGACACAAGAUGCUUCUGAAUGUGAUAAUAUUAUUGGAUGUUUAGAUUAUCUGUUCAUGAACAUGACGCACGAUACUUUGAACUACUUUGAAGCUUCAUAUCAAAUUCUCAUUCCAUAUAUCACAGAACAGUCGAAUAUUAGAGCAAUAUUAUGUCUCGGAUCGUUAUUUAGAUUCAGUGGACGUACAGAUGAAAGGAUUUCUGACCAAACUUUGAUAGAAUGUGUUGAAAUUAUUAUUUCUAAGCUUCGAAUUUACCAAAAUGAAGAUGAAACAGUUGCAUUAUUCUCAACCCUAUCAGAUGUAUUGAAGAGAUAUCCACAAAUGAAUGAAAAUGACGAACAUCUUGCAAAUAUUAAAGAAGUCAUUAAUAAUUAUAUACAAACAAUCCCACUAAUGAUUAAUGAGAAUAAGCAACAGUUUAUUGUUGAAUUGUUCCUCAGUUUGAUGCAGGUUUUGAGAGAAAUGAUCGAAAUAUUAAAUCAAAACCAGGAAGAAGUUGAAUAUUAUGUAGAAAUGAUCAAGCAGACACUCGUAGAACUCAAUUUAUUGGAUAUUCAUAGCACAAAGAAAACGAAAUAUGAAGAUGUGAUGAAAACAAUAUUAUUUGCUAUUGAAAUAAUGAUCAAAGCAGGAGAAGUAAGUCCUACAGCAAAGAAAGCAGCUACAUUCCACGUGGUCGGAAAUUAUCUCAGAAUUGCAAUAUAUUCAAAUAAUUUGUCGUACGACGUUGCUCAACGUGCAAGGAGUUUGAGAGCUUUGCGUGAUAAUUUGUAA